AACGGAUUUGCCAAACUAGCAGCACAGAACUGAGAAUAGAAAAAACUAUGAUUUUUAUUUUUCUGAAUAGCCUUUCUUACUGUGGUCUAUCCGCAACUUCUAUGAUGUAGUUCCUCGUUGAUUUACGUUGAUGAUGAUGAAAAUGCCACUGUCCUCUGCCGCUCCUACCUUCACCGGCAGACUUUGCGGGUCCCGCUUCGUCGUGCUCAUUGCUACAGCAUUGCUCUUCGGAUCAACAACUUGGUCAAUUUCUGUUGUUAGUGCAGCUACAAGUGUUCUGGCAGAAGGCGAUCGAAGCAAAUCUACCAGACAUGCGAAGGAGAGAAAUGCUGGUAAGCUUUCGAUGUCGAGGACCAGUGCCAAGAAAGCGAUCCACCUGAUGACCAGGAGAACGGAAGAAGGUCAAGCUCAAAAUGGGGAUAAUGGCGAGAAUAAGGUGAAUCCUACUGCCGUCGAUGGCUACAUCAAAUACCUUGCACAGCAGUAUUUGGCACGCGCUGGAAGCGAUUCAACGAAGGAAGCGCCGCAUCCGUACUUUCCUUGUGAAGUAAAGAUAUUACAGUAUUUGAUAUAGGGUUAGCGACACCGGGACCGGAGUUCCUAAUUAGAAUACUUCUUAACAAGGGCCCUCCUUUGCGAAGAUUUAGUGUUGGCUGAGUAGAGCAAGGCCUUUUUAACCACUUACAUUCAAAGGCUGAUGACCUCUUACAACAUCGGCGUUUUGAACACCUGUCAAUUCAGAUACUGGGCGAAGCCGUGAAGGCGGAUAAAGCGUCUGCGUUAUUUUUCUACACGGUGAACGUGAACGAUUUCCCUUGUACAGCAGCUUUGGGCGCUUCUGCGUUUUUACAAAGUUCACCACGACUGUGCACAGAUGCAGAGUUACCAGUGGAAGGAAUUCUAGUACAACUAGUAGAUGAGGUGGACGUGGGGAGGUCAAGCUUGUUCCACUUUGUACAGGUCAAAUUAUGCAACACAAUAGCAGCACGCGAGGAUGAUUUUCUAUGCAGCGCUCAUCAUCUGAACCAAUUGAUUUUCAACUAGACGUGUCAAAUUUAGAGAGACCAGCCACUGACGAGGUGAGUAUGAUUGAUGAGUGGCGGGCUCUUCUGAUUCGUGUUCAAGACUGAAAUCUAGCAGGCGAAAUGAGAGGACUAG